AGAUCUCUAGAGAGAGACAAAGAAAGCCGUAUCUGCUCCAUAGCCUGAGUAUAGUUUAGUCUUGUGCUGUGAGAGUGAGAGCAUGUCUGCUGCUGUGACUGUAGCGCUGCUGUUCUUCUUGUCUGUGGCACUGAACGAACAGGUGACCGAGGGCUGUACAUGUUUACCAAGACACCCUCAACAGCAUUUCUGCACGUCUGAUAUAGUGAUUCGAGCUAAGGUCAUUGAAAAGGUGUCCUGCACUCGCCCUGGAUUAAAUGCAUACAAAAUCCAAACUAUUCAGACAUUUAAGCAAUUAGACAAGAAGAGAAUUCAGGUCAUCUACACAAGGACAACUCCAAAUUUUUGUGGCAUCAGUCUGUAUAACGAUGAGUACCUGCUGUCAGGACGUGUCGAGGACGGCAGGGUCAUUCUUAAUUUAUGUGACCUUGUGAAGCCUUGGAACCAACUCUCCCAAGUUCAAAAGGAGUACCUCAGCAUUUAUCAGAAAGGCUGUGUCUGUGAGAUCUCGCCCUGUACUGGAGAAUCCUGUUUGAUCAAGAUUCUUCAGAAAAAAUGUCUGAUGAGAGUCACUAAUCGAUACUGGCUUGAUGAUGAAAAGGCUCUUCGGUCUAUUUGCCUGCCAGGCAAUGACGGCUUCUGCAGAUGGCAACAAAUUCUUAAUAAAUAAUUACAAAUGCUCCUAAAAAUGAUGCCCUGAAGAACAAGUGCAUCAGCCAUUCAGCAGUGUGCAUUUUUGCCCUUUUUUUCUCCAGAAUGCUUAGAACAUUUUGAAAUUCAUUUAAACAAUUUAAUGAAGCUUUGCAAUGCAGUCAGCAAAUGCAUACAAAACCCUUUUCAUGGAGAUCUGCAAUCAACCAUUAAACUAUUUUGCAUGUUAAA